UCACACAAUCUAUAUAUCGUUCUUCAACCAAAGGGAGAGAGAGAGAGAGAGGGGCAUGGGAGACGAGAAGAAGCAAUUAGUGUGUUGUGGAGGAAGGAAGAUGAUCCAAGCUGCAAUUCUGGGACUAGCUCUCAUAGUGUUUCUUGGAAAUGUGAUGAUGUGGAUCAUCAUGCCAACCUUCACUUACUAUCUCAAAUGGCUUCCGCACAUACUUGCUGAUACCAAUUCCACUUUCUUUGAUAUUCAAGGUCCAAUAAUGCUGAACUUCACAUUCCCAAUCUUGUUCAUUGCUGUUAUUGGGUGCAUUUAUAUCCAUCUGGGAAAGGGAUCACCAAAUAUACAAAGCAAGUGUAAGUGCAGGAAAGAUUGGUUGAGAGUAUUGAGGAAACCAAACAUUAUAAAGCCUCUGGGGAUCGUUACAUGGAUUGAGGUUUUCUUCGUUGCCAUGUUCGUGGUUCUGUGCGUUUGGUAUUUCGCAGCCUACGUUCGUUACCAAUAUAGUUCAAUCACCAUGUAUGCUGCCACCAAAGGCGUUCAAGUGUGGCAAGCAAAGAUAGACAGAUUGGCCUUAGUGAUCGGACUGACCGGGAAUAUUUGCUUAGCGUUUAUGUUUUAUCCGGUGACACGAAGCUCAUCCAUCUUGCCUCUCUUGGGGUUAACUUCAGAGGGUAGCAUAAAGUAUCAUAUAUGGCUGGGGCAUUCUGCAAUGGCACUCUUCACCGCUCAUGGCUUUCUCUACAUUCUUUUCUGGGCUCUCUCUCACCGUUUAUCUGAGAUGCUAAAAUGGGAUCCGCAUUACAUAUCAAACGUAGCGGGAGAGAUAUCAUUGGUGUUGGGGCUAACGAUGUGGGUGACAGCAUUUCCUAGUACGAGGAGGAAGAUGUUCGAGCUCUUCUUCUACACCCACUACCUCUACAUAGCUUUCAUGGUUUUCUUUAUACUCCACACUGGCAUCUUCUACGCCUGCAUUAUGCUACCUGGCUUCUACCUCUUCCUCAUCGAUCGAUACCUCAGGCUCUUACAGUCCAAGCAGAAUGUUCGCUUAAUCUCUGCUAGACUCCUUCCCUGUGAAACUUUUGAGCUCAACUUCUCCAAGGCCCCAGGUUUGAAAUACUCCCCAACAAGCAUCAUGUUCCUGAACGUGCCAAGCUUAUCAAAGCUGCAAUGGCACCCUUUUACUGUGACUUCAAAUAGUGAUAUGGAAGAGGACACAAUGAGUGUGAUCAUCAAAUGUGAAGGAAGUUGGACCAAGAAGCUUUAUGAUGUUUUGUCUGCUCCUUCACCUGUUGACUCUCUUCAAGUCUCUAUUGAAGGGCCAUAUGGACCUGCCCACACUGAUUUUCUGAGGCAUGAUGUGGUGGUGAUGAUAAGCGGAGGAAGUGGAAUCACCCCUUUCAUUUCCAUCAUCAAAGAACUCAUUUCCAUAAGCUCAACCCAAAACCAGAAAACCCCCAAAGUUGUACUCAUCCCCAUAUUCAAAACCUCCUCACAUCUCUCCAUAUUGGAUCUUCUCCUCCCUCUCUCUGCUACUCCUACUGCUUCCACCAUUUCCAAUCUUGACAUACAAAUAGAGGCCUACAUAACAAGAGAAACCCAGCAAGGCACAAUCCCAGAAAAACCCCAACCCCUUUGCUUCAAACCUAAGGCCUCAGAUGUACCCAUAUCCUCCAUUUUUGGCCAAAACAGCUGGCUUUGGCUAGCUGCAAUUAUAUCUGCUUCUUUCCUCAUUUACCUUAGCCUGGUUGCCAUUCUUUACCAGUACUAUGUUUACCCCAUGGACCAUGGUACUAACAAGGUCUUCCCAUACCACACAAGAGCUUUGUUGAACAUGUUGUUCAUAUGCUUUGGCAUUGUUGUGUCAGCAAGUGCAGCUUUCCUGUGGAACAAGAAAAAGAUUGCUAGGGAGGCCAAGCAGAUUCAAGACAUUGCAGACUCUACAAAGUCUAUUACCACACUCUUGACCUAUGCUGCUGAUCAAGAACUCGAAAGCCUUCCCAAUCAAUCUCUCAGCGGAUCAAUCAACACCCAUUAUGGCAAAAGACCUGACCUCAAGAGAAUCCUGAUGGAAAUGAAAGGGUCGAGCGUGGGAGUGUUUGCCUCGGGACCCAAGAAGUUGAGGCACGAUGUUGCAGCCAUAUGUGGUUCUGGAUUGGUGAAUAACGUGACGUUCGAGUCCAAUAGCUUUAACUGGUGAUUUGCUUUUCCAUCAUAUAUAUAUAUAUAUAUGAAUGAAGAAAAGCAUAUAAUAUAAUAUUAAAGAUAUGGAUCGGAUCGGAAUAAUAACUGCUCAGCUCGUAAUAUAUAUGUAGCAGAUGUUGUGUAAUAUUGUCUCUGAUUUACGAGUGUGUUUGAUAUGAUAUUGAUCAAAUUUAGUUAUUGAAAUGAGAUGAUCGAUUUUGCAAAA